AUGGCAAAAGCUAUAUCGAAAAAAGGUUCACGUGGACGUAUUGGUUCACAUGUACGGGGGCGAGUGGUUUCUUGGUCCUCUGCUGGUACUUCUGCCGCAACAGGAAAUGCUAUUCGUACAGUAGUAGAUCAAGUAUCUACUCGGACACUACAGUGGAAGUGUGUUGAAUCAGCAGUAGACAGUAAGCAUCUUCUUUAUGGGCGCUUUAUUCUGUCUCCGCUUAUGAAAGGUCAAGCAGACACAAUAGGCAUUACUAUGCGAAGAGCUUUGCUUGGAGAAAUCGAAGGAACAUGUAUCACACGCACAAAAUCUGAGAAAAUAUCACAUAAAUAUUCUACCAUAAUGGGUAUUCAAGAAUCAAUACAUGAAAUUUUAAUGAAUUUGAAAGAAAUCGUAUUGAGAAUUAAUCUCUAUGGAACUUGUGAGGCGUCUAUUUGUGUCAGGGGCCCCGGAUAUGUAACUGCUCAAGAUAUCAUCUUACCGCCUUAUGUAGAAAUCCUCGAUAAUACACAACAUAUAGCUAGCUUGACGGAACCCAAUUAG